UAAUCUUGUACGCUACCCGUCUGCCGAAUCUGCGACAGCAUCUCAUCAUGGUUGGGAUAGUUCGAAUUCCCAAAGCGUGUUAAGAGUUCGCGCUCAAAAUUCCACCAUUGGAUCGGCUCCUGCCGCGCACGGUAGACGCUCGAGAGCCAUUGCCACCAUACAUUUGCCUCACCGUACAGAUAGUACGUGGCAUAGCGAACCCAGUCUCGCACUGCAUCUCAUUGAGCUUGAAAUACUGCACUGCAUUGUUAAGCCACGCGUCGGGGUCGGCUCUGUGAACGUCGAGAGCACGAGCCUAGGCUUGUCGACACGCGGUUGGUCCUGGAUGUUUGAAACUUGUGACCGGUGUUCAUACUCUUCCUUCUACUCAUAUCCGUAUUCGAUGUGGUUUCGUUCGUAUGCGUGCCUUGGUUUUUCGCGCCUGGGUGGUGGUUGUAAUAUCCCAUUCA